AUGGGACAGCAAAUUUUGGAUCAGACGCAGUGGGUUAUUAACAAGUUACCAGAAAAAGUAGCAAAACAUGUCACACUGGUUCGAGAAAGUAGCUCCUUAACUUAUGAAGAAUUUCUUGGGAGAGUAGCAGAACUAAAUGAUGUAACUGCUAAAGUGGCUUCUGGCCAGGAAAAACAUCUUCUCUUUGAGGUACAACCUGGAUCUGAUUCUUCUGCCUUUUGGAAAGUGGUUGUUUGUGUGGUCUGUACCAAGAUUAAUAAAACCACUGGCAUUGUGGAAGCAUCACGGAUCAUGAAUUUAUACCAGUUUAUUCAGCUUUAUAAAGACAUCACAAGUCAGGCAGCAGGAGUAUUGGCUCAGAGCUCCACCUCUGAAGAAGCUGAUGAAAACUCAUCCUCUGUAACAUCAUGUCAGGCUAGUCUUUGGAUGGGAAGGGUGAAGCAGCUGACCGACGAGGAGGAGUGCUGUAUCUGUAUGGAUGGGCAAGCUGACCUGAUCCUGCCUUGUGCUCACAGCUUUUGUCAGAAGUGUAUUGAUAAAUGGAGUUAUCCACACAGGAAUUGCCCUAUUUGUCGCCUGCAGAUGACUGGAGCAAAUGAAUCUUGGGUGGUACCAGAUACACACACUGAAGACAAUAUGGCUAACUAUAUUCUUAACAUGGCUGAUGAGGCAGGCCAGCCUCAUAGGCCAUGA